GACCGCUCGCUGCCAUUUUCAAUGAAAACCUGAUUACAUUCUUGUAUUAGGCACGAUCCUUAAUACAACUCACACAUAACAGGGGACUGACAGUGUGUUUCGACCAUCACACCGUGUAGCCUCCAUGUGUUUCAGGUAAACGUAUUGAAAUGGACCACUGGGAUAUAUUAAGUGGCACGGUUGCUGGAUCAGUUAUCGAGGAACAACGGUCUAGUCUCGUACCGUGAUCUAUGUGAAAAGGACCCUGCAAAACCACUGUUUCAUCGUGUUUACCACUCUGCAUACGCGCCAGGCAAAUUAAACUACAAAAUUAUAAUUCGUCCUGAUGUGUCGGAGGUAUACCCGAGUGGUGUGACCAUGUCCAAGGAAUAACCAUAUUGGUGUGUGAGAUAUUACGGGGAUAUUUACUCUGUCGUCUGCUACAGAUCAGCGUUAACGAGCUUCGGCUCGUGCGAGCUGCACAAAGCUCUACAAAAUGGCGACGUUGCCAGAUGCCUGUGUCGAAGUUACCUCCACUGACCCUCCGUCAGCUCCCAGUACCCCUCAACAUUCGAGCUCAGCGAGCUCGUCUCCUGUGUCAAUCAAAUCCCUACCCCAGGGACCCAAAUACAAACUGGUUUCCGAGGGCGACAUCCAAGUGUCGCCUGAAUCACUACACGGACGAUUGUAAAGCAAAAUCAUGAACUCUAAAUAUCUGCGGCGAUGGGAGAGUCAUCAUAUUGUUCUAGAUCACGGAGAAAUUCGCUCUGCUACGCCUUACGGCUUCAUGGAGCUUGGAGUACAAUAUUCUGGAAUAGAAGAUGUGCACAUAAUAUCUCGAUGGGAUGCUGGUCAAAAGUUCUGUAUACGGAUUACCAUACAAGAUGGAUCCUUAUUACUACAGGCCCACAAUGGCUACCUGAGGGAUCAGUGGUUGUACUCUAUUCAGUGGAAGAAACACAUGUACAAAUAUGAAAAACUGUUAAAGAAUGCUCGAAGACCUGAAGUUUUAGUAAAAGAAAUAAAGAGUAUGAUAGAUGUCUCACUGACAACCCCUAUACAAGAUGUCUCCGUGUACCAGUUCCCCCUGGACUUGGUGUCCGAGUUACUACAGCAGAAUUCAGACGUCAUCACCAAAGUUGCUCAUGAAAAUAUUAUUGUAGCAUUGGCACCUCUUCUUGAAAACAAUCAUCCCACACAAGAAAUCUGUGAUUUUUUCAGCAAGCACUGUAAAAACAGUCCCCGGUCAAGCAUAGUGAUAGAGCUGUUCACCCCUGUGGUUCAAAGGAUAUUAAAACACAAUAUGGACUUCGGAAAGAAUCCCCAGAUGCGAUUUUUUGUUCAGGAAUACAUCCAAGCCUUGAACUGUCAGAAUGAUGGUAUACGGGUAGUGCAGAACUUCGUCAGGAGUAUGCAUGGACCCUCUCAUACGUGUCCACACCCAAGGGUGUUGCCGAACCUAGUUGCUGUCUGCUUGGCUGCCAUCUACAACCUGUACGAGGAGAAGAGCAAUGCUAUGCAUAACAACAUUGAUGUCAUCUUUGAAGAAAAUGACUGGUCAGAAAAGCUCCUAUGCUACAUCUCCAUGCUUGAGACUAUGUCUGAGUAUGACGAUUGGCGGUAUGUGCUUGGCAGCUUAUUACAACCAAUCCCAUUCCCAGAUGAUGCAAUAGCCCAUGAGGUGUUCACAUCGCACAUGAAAUCAGUGAUCAAGAAUGUUGCAUCUGAUGAGAACUGCGACGUUCACCAGACAGUGCUUGCUAUCCGAGAAGGGAAGGAGGGCUGGUUCCACCUGUACUGCCCAGGAGGCAUCGCCUGUGAUGAUGAGGGAGACCUGUGGGGGGUCAUGCUGCGGACAUUGAUCAGGUGUUGCUGCAAGAGGAAGAAGUUCCUGCAAGGGAUGACCAAGAUGAUUGAGCCAGUUAUGCUUCUUGCCAUCAGGGACAAUGUUGCAGCCAUGGAGGUGUUAUGUUCCAUGCUGGAGCUGGAGGUGAUAUCCAGCCAGGAUCUCAAGAUGCAGAUGAUCACUACGUUACAGAGCACCACGGACGGCAAGCGGAUGUAUGCAGCUCUCUGCGAGAGACAGAUCGCCCUCAGGGAACUGCAACAAAAAGGUGGUCCAAAGAAACUGACUCUCCCCUCCAAAUCAACGGAUGCUGAUUUGACGAAGAUGCUUAGCUCUGGUUCAUUUGGGAAUCUAGAAUGUCUCAGUCUUGCCUUUACACAAGUUACUAGCUCCUGUGCUCACGAACUCAUCAAGUUGCCUUCACUCCGAUACCUGAAUCUCUGGUCCACACAGUUUGGUGAUGUGGGUCUGCAGUUGAUCUCGGAGCAUCUCCACAAGCUGCAGGUGUUAAACCUGUGUGAAACCCCGGUCACUGAUAAGGGACUUGUUGCAUUGUCAGCAUUGAAGAACUUGCGGAAACUUAAUUUAAAUAGCACAAGCCUUUCAGCUCUAACCUUUGAAGGAUUGAAGGAGAAAUUGCCGGCACUACAGGAGUGUGACGUACGAUACACAGAUGCCUGGUGACUAUAGGAACCCACCACUUAAUCUGAACUGUUGCUAAUAAAGUCAGCAAUCUUCCCCAACCGACCAGCCAACUGUCCACAACUGGAGGACUAGUCAUAGCCUUGUUUGUGCCUACUGAGGAUUGGUAACAGAUACAAACAUGACCGUCUGCUCACUGGCAGACAACAGACUGUUAACUUUUGUGACAGCAGUCCUUCAGAUGUUUCAACAUUUAGUGUACUGAAGUUGACUGUCAUCUCAGUAUGAGUUAUUGAGGACGGCUCAGUCACGAGUCAGUUGAUGAAAUCACUUCACUUUCAUGCAAGCUGAAUUUUAUUUAGAAGAAUCAUAGACAACCAAUGUUUCAGUCUCUGCAUUACCACUGGAUGUGAGUGUAUGACUGAUGCUUCUGUCAAUAACAGACUUGAUAUGGUACAGAAUCAUUCAGAAAAUUGAUAAUCUGAAAAUCAAAGAUGGAAGCUAGUCAAAGCCAGCGCCCUUUGGUUCAGCAUUGGAAAGCUAGAACAAAGAAUGGCUUAGCCAUGUGUGCUUACUUGGAUUUAUUUCCGCACAAGAAGGAUAAUGGACAAGGAUUUGAUUGUGCACUUGCUGUGAAAACAGAGUGUAUUCUGUUGUGUAGUUGUCUCCUACCGGUAAUUGUCUGUGCUCAUGUCUAAUCUCUGUGUGCAGUAUGUUAUCUUCUUAUAUUCAUCUGGUCAGCAGAUGUGUACAUAAAGUGUCAUAUAUUUUGUAACAGCUGAAAUCGUGGGAUAUUUUAUGUGACAAUUUGAUGACCCAAGGGAGGACAUGGUCAGUGUAGUGACACCUGUUGGAUGAAUCUGAAACUAAAUGGAUUCCUUCCCUUACUGUUCACAAGUUCUGCUUGUAGAGGGCAGCACUGCAGUUUUGAUAAAUUGUGACAAUGAA